AUGUGCCACAUCUUUACCUGAGAUCCUGCAAGGAACAUCAGAAGUGCAAGCAGUUCACCUGGAAGCCACACCUGAGACUUAGAAAACCUUCUUAUCAAGGACCUGCGCAUCUUUUUGCUUCAAAACACUAUUUCACCCAUAUCUGGAAGUGAAGACAAGCUCCACAGGAAUGGAUAACAGAUUGGUCCUCACUGUCCUAUUUGUGGCCUGGCUAUCUGCGGGUACCUACGGUCAAACUACCACACCAGCUCCAACAACCACAGCUGCUCCAACAACCACAACCACAGCUGCUCCAACAACCACCACCACACCAGCUCCAACAACCACACCAGCUCCAACAACCACAACCACACCAGCUCCAACAACCACACCAGCUCCAACAACCACAACCACACCAGCUCCAACAACCACACCAGCUCCAACAACCACAACCACACCAGCUCCAACAACCACAACCACACCAGCUCCAACAACCACAGCUGCUCCAACAACCGCUCCAACAACAGCAGCUCCAACAACAGCAGCACCGACUACAGCAGCACCAACAACAGCAGCUCCAACAACAGCAGCACCAACAACAGCAGCACCAACUACAGCAGCAGCAGCGACUACAGCAGCCCCGCUGAUGCCUAACACCACAGUGACAGCCCUUAUGACAAACAUUAAUAGGACAGGAUGUGGGUCUGCAAAGCUCUGUGCGGCCGAUCCUGCUGACUGCACCCCUGGAAAUGCCGGAUGUUUCCUUGCUUCUGCCGAUCAGAUCAGCGGUCAAAACUUUAAUUUUGAGCUAGCAGGAGAGACAGAAGGCUACCUCGCUGCCGCCCUGUCAACCGACAGCUCACUGGGAGGUAACGACACCACCUACGUCUGUGCAAACAACAACGGUACUGUUAAAUUCAUUGGGGCUGUCCUCAACAACGGUAUGCUGACAAUGACAGAGCAACGUGUGAACUCUGUGAAGGGCAGUAUCAGAGGAAAUUUAAUCCAGUGUACAUUUGCUGCCACUGUACCAAACUCAAGCACUAGAACAACACGUUUCUCCGUCGGAAUCUUGAAUGGAACUUUCAACAGCACUUCUGGUGCUCUGGGAAAUGCCAGCACCCGAUUCCAGAGUGGUAUUUUAGACCUGUCUAACCCAGGCGCCAACGUCACCAACAUCAACCAACACGCUGCUGCAUUCAAGCAAUCUCUGACACAAGCUCUGCUGAUCACCUUGAUGGCCAGCAUGGCUGGAGGAGAGCACUUCCUGUGGGAGGACCAGCCUUGUGACGAGCACCUCAACUUCAUCUGCCAAUCAGGUUGGAGUUAUACCUCAUAA